AUGGGGGAGGACGUAGCCUCUGGCGGGUUCACGGACGACCAGUGGCAACUCAGCACCCUCGAAGAGAACAACCUACUCCCCGACGAGCAGCUGCCGGGCUUCAGGGAAGCCGUCAGUUCGUAUGCCGUGGCCAUCGAGCGGCUUGCUCGUGCGCUAUUGCCUGCCUACGCCAUAGCACUUCAUCAAGAGCCAAAUUUUUUCGAUGGUAAGUUUGAUAAGCCGUGUUGGGCUCUGCGGCUCAAUUGUUACCCGCCAACCGAAGCCCAAGAAGUUGGCAUACCCCCCCAUGCGGACGGCGACUUCUGCACCUUCUUGCUGCAGGACGACCAGCCAGGCUUGAGCGUGUUGCGCAGUACCGACGGCAAGUGGGUGCAGGCUCCGACGCGAGGCAGAUAUUCGUUGCUCGUCAACAGUGGCAACACUCUCAUGCGUCUGAGCAACGACGCCGCGCGCGACGCCACGGGCGGCCCCAGCGGCGCGCCCUCGCUGGCAGCCGGGCCCUUCAACGCGGGCGCCAGAGCGGCCUACGCCGCGCGCUUCGCCGCGGAGCUGGCCCGGGUGCAGGCGCGGCCGGACCUGCCGCCGACUGCCCGAUGGGCCGACUCGCACUGCCAUCUGGAGAGCAUCCUGCAGCGCACGUGGCGAGGGGGCGGCAAGCCGCAGGUGACGGACCGCGAGGAGGCCGUCGGCCUUGAGGAUUUGAUCUCCUCGUGGCCGGGCGGCAUGGACGCCUGCAUAUGCAAUUGCGUCUUCCGCCGGCCGAGCAAGCCGGGUUUCCCGCCAGAGUGGGAUUGGCUCAGGACCGAAGAACCUGCACCACUUCGAGCCCGGGUCGCCGCACGGGAGUCGCCUCUGGUUCAUCGGCAUCCACCCGCACGACGCGGCCAACUGGGAUUCCGUUGCGGAGAGCACAGUUCGGGAGAGCUCGGGCGACACGCGAAGUGCGUCGGCAUCGGAGAGUGCGGCCUGGAUUUCUUCAAGCACACGCAGGACGGCGAGGCCGACCUCCAGCUCGGCGCCUUCCGCGCCCAGGCCGCGCUCGCCGUGGAGCUCGGCCGGGCUCUGGUGGUGCACGCGCGGCUGGUGACGCGAUCCAACGAGGCGCUGUGCCUAGGACCGUACUCCAGGAGCUCGUGCCCCGCGAGCACCCGGUGCACAUGCACUGCUACGGCGACUCCCUGGCCUUCGCGCGCGAGCUCUGCGAGGGGUGGCCCAACCUGCGCCUGGGGUUCACAGGAGACCCGGGCCAUCACCUUCAAGGAUCGCCCCGGCAAGGGCAAGAGCAAGGGCCGGUCGGCGUCGGGCGUGGUGGAGGAGAAGGGCGAGGCGCACUGCCGGGAGCUCGUGCAGGGCUUGCCGCUGGAGCGGCUCCUGAUCGAGACGGACGGGCCGUACAUGUGCCCUGAGCCGUUCCGUGGGCAAACAGCGCAUCCAGGCCACGUGCACCGAGUGGCGGAGAAGAUUGCCGAGUGGCAGGGACGCAGCCUUGGGGAGGUGAUGGACGCCACGCGGCGGAGCACCGCCGCCGUGUACGGCGUGUGA